AAGAGGAGUACAAAAGGGGUUUGAGUACCCACAGGCCGAAGGUUCAUUAUCUACCAAGAACUCACAGUUUGAAGCUACACCACACUUCCUCGAUCGAAUUUUAUCCAUUUUGUCUUAAAUCUUAAAUAAAAAGCAAGUCCCCUUCCAGGUAAUCCAUUUGCUUCAGUGGCUCUGCUGCUUCCAUUCACUCCUUUGCACUCUGCCACUGCCACUUUUUUUUUAUAUGUAAAAAAUAAUAUAUAUUGCCUUUCCCCGACAAGAAAAGGCUCUGACACUGCCAAACGUUACGAACUUACACAUAAAAUCUGUGCGAGAGCCUUGCUCUGCUGCACCUUGGAAUAUCUGUUUCAACUACGCUCAGCCCACGGGUUAGCCUCGUUUAAGGGGUCUUUCCAGUUUCCAGUUGAGUUCAGGGAUUGAGUACUGAGCCUAUAGCUUCAUAAGUUCAAGGAAGGAACUUGUUCUACCAUGGGUACUAAGGCAUUAGACUAUGAGUCACUGAAUGAAAAUGUGAAGAAAGUUCAAUAUGCAGUCAGAGGAGAGUUGUAUCUACGAGCUUCCGAGCUGCAGAAGGAAGGGAAGAAGAUUAUUUUCACAAAUGUUGGCAACCCUCAUGCCCUUGGACAGAAGCCACUGACUUUCCCUCGCCAAGUGGUUGCUCUCUGCCAAGCUCCGUUUCUGCUAGAUGAUCCUAAUGUAGGACUGCUAUUUCCUGCAGAUGCAAUUGCAAGAGCUAAACUUUAUCUUUCACUGACUCCUGGUGGUCUAGGUGCAUAUAGUGACUCCAGAGGUCUUCCUGGCAUAAGGAAGGAGGUAGCUGAAUUCAUUGAAAGGCGUGAUGGGUAUCCUAGUGACCCAGAACUCAUAUUUCUCACUGAUGGUGCCAGCAAGGGUGUGAUGCAGAUCUUGAAUUGUAUUAUCCGUGGUGAAGGGGAUGGGGUUUUGGUUCCUGUCCCACAGUAUCCACUUUACUCAGCUACAAUAUCUCUUUUCGGGGGUUCUCUUGUUCCAUAUUACCUGGAAGAGACUGCAAACUGGGGGCUUGAUGUUAAUGAUCUUCGCCAAGCAGUUGCACAGGCUCGCUUUAAAGGAAUAACUGUAAGAGCAAUGGUAAUUAUUAACCCUGGCAACCCUACUGGUCAGUGUCUCAGUGAAGCUAAUUUAAGAGAAAUAUUGAGCUUUUGUUACCAAGAAAAUUUAGUUUUACUUGGUGACGAGGUUUAUCAACAGAACAUAUACCAGGAUGAGCGCCCCUUUAUCAGUGCUAGAAAGGUUUUGAUGGAUAUGGGGCCACCCAUAAGCAAGGAAGUCCAGCUCGUUUCCUUCCACACUGUGUCUAAAGGAUAUUGGGGUGAAUGCGGGCAGCGGGGUGGAUACUUUGAGAUGACUAACAUUCCUCCACAGACAGUUGAUGAGAUCUAUAAGAUUUCAUCAAUAUCACUAAGUCCAAAUGUUCCUGCUCAGAUAUUUAUGGGGUUGAUGGUCAACCCACUGAAACCUGGAGACAUUUCAUAUGAGCAGUAUGUUAGGGAAAGCAAAGGAAUUCUUGAAUCAUUGAGAAGAAGAGCGUGGAUAAUGACUGAUGGAUUUAACAGCUGCAAAAAUGUGGUUUGUAAUUUCACUGAAGGUGCCAUGUAUUCUUUUCCUCAAAUACGCUUGCCACCAAAAGCUAUAGAAGCUGCCAAAAAGGCAGGAAAAGUUCCAGAUGUCUUCUAUUGUCUCAAGUUGUUGGAAGCAACUGGCAUCUCCACCGUCCCUGGUUCAGGAUUUGGACAGAAAGAAGGGGUCUUCCACUUAAGGACAACAAUUUUACCCGCGGAGGAAGACCUGCCUGAAAUUAUGUCCAGUUUCAAGAAAUUCAAUGACGAGUUCAUGGAGCAAUACGAAGAUAAUUGGAGCCACUCAAGAAUGUGAAGGGUGCUUUAAAUUCCUUGAAACUGUAUUAUAUUAAUUGGCUAUUGCAAGCCACUCUAUACAUGUGCAAACUUUAAUCAUUUUCUCCUUUUACUUGAGCUAUAUAAACUUCAUGCCAUUGAAGAUUAUUCCUGCU